UUUUCUGUGGUUGUUGGGUUUCCCGCAGAAAAAAUUUCCAUUUUCUUAUCCAAGGUUUUUGAGGAAUCCCUUCUAUUGAUAUUCAGUUAUUGAAGCUUUUCGACAAUUUAAUGUAUAGAAUAGGUCAAAAAAACAUAUGAAUAAACAUCUGUAAUACAACAUCUCCCAAUGGAAGUGAAUAAAUAUAAACAGAUUUAUAUAGCUGCUAGUAAGAACAAUGUUAAGCAACUCAAUUGUCUCCUGGAACAAGAAAUCGAAGAUGGUAAUUUGGAUGAUUUACUUUCGAAGGUGUGUAUGGAGUUGGAACUCAAUCGUGUACACCUUUCCGAUGAUAUUAAGCAAAUUUUGGAGCGUAAAUUGAUGAGCCUACGUUUUUUCCACAAGCAGUCUAAGUUUUACUUGAAUUCACAAGAGGUUCGUGAUCACAUACAAUUUAUGAUACAACUUAUAAAUUCUUUGGAAACAUGCAAAGAUAAGGAUGAAUUGUUUAUAGGAAAUUUGACAUUUAUAGCUAAGCAAAUUUUUACGCUUAAGAGAUUACUUAAGUCGACUUAUGAUAGGCUUCCUUGGGAAGAAAUUGAAUUCUGUAUAUUGUCUUAUAUUAGAACUUUUAAGGAUCAGAAUGAAAUUGCAUUGUUUUCAAGAGCUAUUCUUAGUAAAAGCAAUUUAAUUACGUAUUUGGAAAGCUUUGGUAAACAUCUCGAAAAUUUACUGAAUUAUGUGUUGAUUAUGAGACCACAGGAACUCUCGAGACUCCCAAAUUUGAAACGGGAUGAAGUUGUCGAGGAUAUAAUCGAUAAAUAUCCUGAGUUCAAGUCUCUUUAUGAUGAUCAUGAAAGAAUAAGAGACAUUCAUUCGCUCAACAUUAUGCUGAAUUACGUGGAACUUGUCAGGUCUAUUGGAUUGGGAGAAAAGAAUGGUAUAUUUAUUUUGAUGAGAGCUUUACAGGUAAUAGGCGAACAUUUGAAGAAUACCCUGAAGUCUCCUAAAUUGACCCAGACUAUUAUAAAUUAUCUAUUCACCUUCUUCAGCCAGAGUACCAGAAACUUGGUCAUCAAGUUGAGAAACACCUUGGCCCAUCGGUGUCUUUCAAAACAUGUAGAAUUAUUUGAGAACAUUGAAUCCAACUUUUUUAGUGGGAUCAAAAACGAUAUUGAAAAACUUGGGGGACAGAUUGGUUACAUUUUGUCAAAGUACAAAAUGAAAGUUGUCAUAGAACUUGGUGAUAAAUUUUUGAACACAAAUGAUGAGAAAGUCAUGAAAGAAGUGGCUUCGGUGAUGAAAAAUUUCGGAACUGGUAAGGUGCUCAGAGAAGACCUAUCUGAGCUGAAGAACAACGAUAUCACUAGGUUAAAAGAUCUCAUAGACCAGUAUCGUUGCAAAAUUAAAGGUAAAUGCGUCUAUAGCGAAAUACUUUUCGAAGCUAUCGAUCAAUCUUUCAAAAAUGUUCAGAUAGGGGCACCUACAGAUUAUGGUUCAGCUUUGCUGCUUUUCCAUAGUUUGUAUGAAAAAUUCUAUAUGAUGAUUGGAAGUUCACACAAUAAAUCAAGCUACAUAAGUUCGAUGAAAUAUAGUCUAAAGCACAAUCUGAAAACUUUAUCACCGCAAAUAGAAUCCUUCAAAUUGUGUGAAACAGCUGAAAUGAUAAUUUCAAUCCACAGCUUGUCAUCUGAAUCUCAAGAAGAUGAGGUGUGGGAGCUCUUUUAUAAAAUAAUAUACAUUAUAAAAUUCGAAGUUAACAGCAUCCAGUGGACUGAGAAGUUCGGGAGAAAAAUAAAGAAAAGGGAUAUGGAAGUGGAGACAUUCAAUUCCGAGAAUUCUGAGGAGGUGACAAAGAUGAAGAAACAGGAGAAAUUCAAUCAGUUGAGGGAAAUCUUUGACGGAGUCACUUACACCCAGUUCAAGAGUAAUAAAAAGCUUCAAGCUGUUGUGGAAAUAUUUCUUUUAGAUUUGAUUCCGAUGUUGAAAUAUGAUCAUUUCAAAGCGAAGUAUUUUUUGAACGAUAAUUAUCCAUCCCUUACUGGUGUUGAUCUGAGAAAUCACUUGGCACAUAAUAAUGUCAUCGUGGAAGUCCUUCUGGAUUCAACCUCAGCUAUAUUCCUCUUCGUUGAAAAACUAUUAGAAGUUGAAGGAAAAUCUGACGAUUUAAACUUGACUGAAGUUCAGUAUUUCAACUUAUCUAGAAUGAAGAACUCUUACGCGACAACUGUUGAUAUUUUAAAUAGGAAACACAACAUGUUCGUCGCCUUGAAGGAAAAUAAUUUCGACGCUUUCUCAGAAUGCAUCAAGGAAGGCGCAGAUAUCAGAUCUAGGGACACGGAUUUGUCCACAUGUCUUCACUUCGCAAUGAGAAGACCUAAAACGAUCAAACUGACGAAGUUUCUUUUGAAGGAGGGUCUGUCCACUUUUAAAAUGAAGAAUUUGGAAAACCAGAGCCCUCUUCACAUAGCGGUCACGAAAACGAACCUGGAAGUUGUAGAGUUUCUGCUCAAAAAUUUUGACACUGACAUCAAUGAGAUUGAUUCUUUCCAGAGAACCCCAGCUCAUCUGGCAGCCUUCUCCGGUAAUGAGCACAUUUUGAACAGUCUGUGGAACCACGGUGCCGAUUUCACCAAGAAGGAUUACUUGCAUUUAACACCUUUGCAGUACGCGGCGCUUAGCGGUAAACCUUCCGCCGUCCAGUUCUUCUUCAAUAAAGACCUCUUCUACAAAUUAGACGAGGCUUUCGGUGGUUUCACAACUCUAUACAUCGCCGCAGAAGAAGGUUUGGUCGAAAUUGUGAACUAUCUGCUGUCGAAAAACGUGAAGGUUGACGCUAAAAACGACGUUGGUGUCACACCCGUCCAGCGAGCCGCCUUAAACGGCCAUCUUGAAACUGUUAAGGCUCUGAUACGAGCAGGCGCAGACGUGAAUUCCUCAAACAUGAACGGCAAUUGCGCACUGGAAUGGGCUUGCGAGACGGGCAGAGAAGAAAUCGUCAAGGUACUUAUACAGAACGGAGCUGACGUUAAUGUAAGGGAUUACGCAAAUAAUUUCGCGCCCAUAAAUUAUUUGGCCAAGCACGGAUAUAUCGGAAUACUCAGAAUAUUCCUGGAGAACGGAGCGGACGUCAACGUUACAACUAAGGACGGUUUAACGCCCCUUUUGUACGCUGUCGAGGGUAGGCAUUUGGAAAUCGUGGAUUUGUUGAUGCAACAGGAUGGCAUAGAAGUGAAUAGAUCGAAUAUACACGGAACGACACCGUUGCACGGUGCUUCUAUGAAUGGAGACGUAGAAAUUGUGAGGCUGUUGAUUAUGAAGGGCGCUGAUUUAGAUUGUAGAAAUCUAGAAGGUAUGACACCGCUUCACUUCGCUUGUAAGCAUGGCCACGAAGCUGUCGUGGAUCUGUUGAUCGAGCACGGUGUAUCGAUUCAUGCCGAGACUUCUAUUAGGCAAUGGCUUCCUUUACACAUGGCCGCGGAGUCUGGAAAUGAAAACAUAAUGAUUAAAUUGAUCAGGAAGGGUUCUCAGAUAAACGCCACCACGUCCAAAGGCGCCAACUGCCUCCACAUAGCUGUCAGAAACGGGAGGAACAUCCUGGACCUACUGAUAAGGUUUGGGGUCGACAUACACGCUAAAACUAAGGACCGUGGGUUCACCCCUCUGCAUGAAGCAGUCAUCGCUAAUAGCCUCCAAAUGGUGAAGUGUCUGUUAAACGCAGGAGCCCACAUCGACGAUCAAGAUAACGCAGGUAACACGCCAAUUCAUUUGGCCAUCGAAAGGGACAGCAACGAGAUCUCGGUGUUCCUAUUCAAAAACGGAGCGAGAAUCGAUUUGUCGAAUAAAAUGGAUAAAACUCCUUUCCUAUCGGCGGUGAAAUAUAACAGGGCGACCUUGAUACAGAUGUUCCUUUCGUCACGUUUGAUCCAGGACGAGCUGAUUUUCAAAGACAUAAACAACGCUAUUUUUGAAGGAAACACGAACGUUGUGAGGUUGUUACUGAAACACGCCCCUCAUUUAGACUUGUCCGUAUACUGGGAUGAAGACCAAAAUACGCCUCUUCAUAUUGCCUCUAUGUUCGGAAGAGUGGAUGUUGUGGAGAUGCUGCUGGGUCGUGGCGUUGUCGUGGAUUCGAAGAAUGUGUACGGCAUCACCCCUCUUUUUUCAGCGGCCUCGAGGGGGUUCGAUGAAAUCGUUGAAAUGUUGUUGAAAAAAGGCGCCACGAUCAACCCGCAAGACCGCGACGGCUCAACUCCUCUACACUUGGUUUCAGAAACCAACUACGAAAGAAUGGUAGAGUUCCUUCUAAACCACGGCGCUGACGUCAACGUGUUAGAUAACAAAAAUAGGUUACCUAUCGAGCUGGCCGUGUCCGAGGGUCGUAUAACCUCUGUGAAAUUGUUCCUGGAAAAGAAUAAGAGCUUCUUGAACCGUCGAGUUAAUCAGAAUUUCUCUCUGUUGCACAUCGCCACGCAGUUCGGUCACAAGGAGAUUGUGAAGUUUUUGCUGGACGAAGGCGCCGAUAUGCACUUGACGAACGAUAAGGGCUCCAAGGCCAUUCACAUCGCAGCCAGGGAAGGUUUCACCGAUAUAAUCGAUGUUUUCCUGGAGAAAGGUAUGGAUUUGGACGUUCGUGGUGCCGCCAACCAAUCGAUGUUACACUACGCGGCAUCCACGGGUAGAUUGGAAGUUGUUAAGUAUCUAGUGGAGCGAGGCUGCGAUGUCAACACCGUUAACGAAGGCGGAAUAUCGGCGUUAAAUGUGGCGGCGAAUCAGGGACACAUGGAAGUCGUCAAGUAUUUACUCAACAAAGGUGCUAUCUACAUAAUGGUAUAG